AUGUCUGUGGUCAGAUCUUUAACCCUUUUAGAAACAAAUAAAUAUCUCUUUAAAUAUGCUAUAACCAGAGGAUAUUCAUCAUCUUUGCACAGCAAUAUUGAGGCUAAUUUAGAAACAUCUCAUGUCUGGAAGAAUUUGGAACUCGAUCAUUCGUAUACAAAGCAAGAAAAGGUUGAAGUAUUUAAAAAAUAUUUAAACCACUUAAUUACCAAUGAUUUAUAUCCGGAGAGUGGUUCAAAAGAAGAUGAUCUCUUGCGUGAGAUUUUUCAAACAGUUUAUAAGAAGCCCAUGAAGAGAAGAUUAAAACUUCAGCAGCUAAAAUAUAUGUACAAAGGCUUAUUGGAUAAUAAAAUUAACCGUACUGAUCUUAGUAAUCUAUUAGAUUAUGCAUAUAAAUUGGAAAUUAUCAAUGUAUCAGUACCCAAAAUUAUUAAAGAUAAUGCUUUAAAAUCCAACCUUCAAAUUAAAUCAAUAAUAAAUAAUGCAUUAAAAAUGGAGCCUAAAAAUAAAAAUAGUUUAGAUAAUGUCAUUGAUGGCUUGCAAGCGGAUUCAAAAAUAAAUAAGAUACCGGCUCGACAUAUAAAACUUUAUUUAUCAAAAGAGAAACAGAAAAAGGAUAUAGGUAUGAAUAAUGCCAUCGAUGAUGCAGAUAUUCAAUCGAUUGGAGGUUAUCUGGAAAAAGAAGGCAUUAAGCAGAAAGAAAUCAAGAAGUUAGCAUGGGAGCAAAAUAAAAAAUAUAAUUGGCAAAUUAAUCAAUCUCCAAAGUUAGAAUCUGCAGCAGCUAUGCUGUUCAAGAAAUCCAACGAUAAAUAUAAAUUGAAUAUUUUAUCAUACAUUAAAAUUGGCUGUUUAAACCCUAGAUAUGAUUUAUCUAUUCCUCUUUCUAAUAUGUUAGUUGAAAAUUCCAAUGCUAAAGAAAUAUUAGUAUAUGAUUUAUCAAAUGAGAGUGUCAUUUUAAAGACCAACACUAUAGCACAUAAUGAAAUUAUAUCCAACGUUGAAAUAAAAGAUCUUUUUGACAUUUUGAAUCAACCAAACUUAUCACCAGAAGAUACGCUUGUUGUUUUAAAUAAAAUAAUGGUUAAUGAUUGGGAGUUAAUCGGGAUUAACAAUAGUAACAGAUCUCAAAUAAUUUUCCAAAGACCGUUAUGUCGUUAG